UCUUUGAUAACGCUGCCUGCCAGAGUCUUGAAGGGGGUAAAAAACACGUUUUAUAGGCUACUUAAAUUAAGAAAAUGAGCGUUUCUAUCACUCACACAGUUCCUAAGAAACAUGAAGAACACAAAGUUGUCAUGAGGCAACGAGUUUAUGACUACCUGUAUGAUCCAGUUUACACAGUGUCAUCCGAGGUAGACCAUGCCAGGUCCAGCCUCAAGGCCUACGGCUCAAAGCACCGAAUUAGGAGAGUGCCUGAAUUUGGGUCCAUGUUCAGUAACCUGUAUCACCACCCACGCUAUACUUUUCAACUGGACUCUUCAGACCCCGUACCUACUUUUAUUGAUCGUCGCUGGCGAGGCCACACAGAGCAGCGCAGAGAAGCACUGCAGCAGCUGGCUGGGGUUAUCCCAAACGACACGUUAUGUCUAACGAGGGAGGAUUGCCAUGUGACCGGAGCAGACCGCUGGAAAUAUUUUAAACGCCCCAUGAUCCACUCCUUACAGCAACUUCCCCCAGAUGUUUUUUUCACUUUGCCAAAAGGGGAAUUUGAAUCCACUGGUUUGAAGAAAGCUGAGCGACAGCCCACUCACUGCACUGUGGAGGUUCAGACCGACUACAGGGAAAGUGAAUCACAGACAGACCCGUACAGCCCUGAGUAUGUGGUACGACCCGGGACAACCCCCUCAGAGCUUCUGCGACUGGCAGCUUUGACCUGGGGUCGAGGUCUGCCUGCAGGGCGGGCAGAGGUGGAGAUGAUACAGCGGGCCCGUGCCAGACGAGUUUGGGAGGCCUCACUUCCUCCAUUAGAUGACAUCAGUCAGCUGGACAAAAGGAGACGCAUGAUGGAAGGGAUGGAGGCCGAAGAGUGGGCGUUCAGAGAGGGGGAAAUCAAGAAGUUGCAGGAGGCUCGUCUCGCUGUGCUGGAGGACCUCUUGAAGCAGCGAGACGAGACCCAGAAAGAGGUAACAAGUGAGAGACUGAACCAGAUACAUUCUAAGCACCUAAAAGAAAAGGAGGCCAAGCUGAACAAGAUCCACAAGGACUACCUCAGGUCGAUGAGAAAACUGGAAGCCAAGAGGAGAAAUCUGGAAGGGAGGCGAGAGCAACGUGCAACUGUCAAAAGCUUUUCAGGUUCUCAGACGUAUGCUCCUCGUACCUCCACCUGCAACAAUGAGUUAAAAAGCUUCUACUUGGACACAUAUGAAGGCUUGCAAGAGCUAGAAGCAGGACUUUACGCUUCAGCUCUCAAGCCACAGGGGACGAGACCAAAACCUAAAGUCAAAACCACCAAGGAAGUGAUCAAGUCCUCAGUGAGCAAAGCGGUUAAACUGACACAGAAAUACAAGGCACAGAGGGAGGAGAAGAAGCAAGAGAAUUACCUGCGUUUUCUUCUGAUGAAGGAGAAGCCUGUUCCUCGUCCUGUCACUCCCCGAGUGAUGGAGCCGACAGAGGGAGACGAGGAGACAGAGCUUGCAGUAAUCCAUUUGCAGAGACUACUGCGAGGGAGAAGUGUCCAAUAUGAGAUGUUCACAGGCAAAGAGAAUCAUCUUGAGCUCAUCCAGGAACUGAGAAGCGUCAACGCCCUGCAGGCAGAGGAGCAGGAGUCACAGAAAGCCGACAAAGAGCGAAUACUGAACCAGAAACAGCAGCGAGACAAACUCAGACAUCAGACCUCUUGGGAGUCGGCGUCUCAGGCCGGAGCGGUGGGUGCAGAGCUGGAACACCUGUUCAACACCUUGUCCAAAGAUCUGAUUCAUCUCCAGGAGGAGCGCAGGAUCCACGCCUUCACACUAUUGGCUGAGAGAGGUCGCCGCCUGCGAGAGGCCGAGGAGAGCGGGAGGAGACAGGUGGAGGAGCGCAGACGCAGAGAAGAAGACGAGAUCUUCAGACAAGUGGUGCAGGUCCACCAGGAAACUUUGGAUCUGUAUCUGGAGGACAUCAUCUUAGAGACCGUGGAGCAGACAGCUGACCAGCAGGCCAGAGAGGAGAUCCGCAGGAGGGCAAAGGAGGUCAAUGAUAUCGCUUAUGCCAUGGAGGAAAGCUUGAACAAUCUUCAGUCUGAGGAGAUCGUGUCAGAGUUGGUGUACAGUUUCCUUAUUCCUGAGGUCGAGAAGAUCACCGUCAGAAGAAGAGUGCACCAGAGGCAGCUCAGACACCUGCAGGCAGCUCGGAGUCUCAUUCAGGGGACUGCAGAGCACUCUGGAUUCCUUCCUAGUAUUCAAGGGGCCUCACGGCUCACCUGUCCAUCUGAAAGAGCCUCCAAGCAAAUCUUGGAGGAGAUGAUGAUCCACCGAGUGGAACCGGAGCAGGGCAAAGAAGAAAAGGAGGAGAACACUGAGUGAUGAGAAACUACAAAUACACAAAAAGUCUAAGA